GAGCUCAGUGUAACUCAUGAAUGUGGUUUGGUUUCUUUAUCCUGUAAUCCUCGUUACUGUUAGCAGUUACAUAUCUGGCAACCCAUGUCGGGGAUUUUAAACAGGGUACGUAGGUGAGGGGGGGGGGGGGUGCAUGGGAAUUGGUUUAAACGUGCAGGAGGAGCUGCUCAAGUCCUCACGCUCAAAAGUGAAAGUAAAUUGUGGGAGCUACAAAGGACCGGAGGAUUUUUUUCCACAACUGGAACGUGGAACACGCAGAGACAGACACGCAGAGACAGACACGCAGAGACAGACACGCAGAGACAGACACGCAGAGACAGACACACGGACACACGGACACACAGACAGACAGACAGAAGGGUCUCACACUCUGGUGGUCUUAUCGGACCGUAAUCAACUCAACGCAAAACAACUCAGUGCAGACUCAGAGUAAAAUGAGGAAAUGAGCUCUGAAAGUCACUACAUCAGCAUAAUGAAGGGGAAACUUCGGACCUUCUGGACUGUGCUGGCUGGAGUUUAUCUGACUGCAAGAGUGUGUGACGCUGGAUGCAUUAAACGCAGCUUUAAAGAACAUAUUACUAAAAACCUAUUAGUGGAUCACUGGUUUCAGAUGAAGAAUUUCACCCCCACUGGUGAGGAGGUUACGGAACAGCAUGAAUUCUUCUCUGUACUUAACACCAUCUGCUCAAGUCUGAUAAUGAACAAAGAAUUUAUCACCUCAGACCCUGAUGAUGCAGAAUCACAGGGAAAAGUCAUGUUUACUUACAUAGACAUGGUCAAAGAACUGGUAAAUCGCAGUAACUGGACUAAUGAUGCCACCGUACAGUUUUGUAGUAAAUCUUGUUCUGAAUCUUAUGGCAUUAGCUUCAUCAACACAACACAGUUUGAGAAAAUCUAUAAAAAAGUGUGUGUACAGAGCGGAACAUUGCCAGCCUGUCCGUCUCCUCCCGACACAACAACAGCGACGAUUCAGAGAACCACAAUCACUUCUGUGUCAGAAACGCAGACGUCCAGUGGUGACGGAAAUGCUUCAGGAUAUGCCAAAACAUGUGAUGACCUGACGUCAUGCCCGAUAGUGUCAGCAGUGGUGUUUAUCAUCGCCGUGAUCAUCAUCAUCAUCGCCGUCAUUAUCGUUUUCUUCUUCACACGCAGCAACAAAAACAACAAUAACGAACAGGCAUCUAUUAAUCAGGAGUCAACACAUCUACAGGAUCUACACAUCAUAAACACAGAUUUUAUCAGCCAGGAGCCGAAUAAUGAGAGACCUGAAGAGUAGUGAAGAUACUUCAGUGUAGGGUAAUUUGCUGGAUGCAUCAUGAAUAAACCAGCAGUCUACUGAGUGUUGGACAUAACUGCAGUGUGCAGUGAAGGGGAUUAAAGUAAAAUCACUGUAUUAAUGGCAGCUGAAUUAUGGACUGGAGCAGUAAAUAUUUAAAUAAGUGACUCUACCUGAAGGAGGACACUGUAGUAAGGGAAAGAUACGUGUGUGGAAUACUGAAGACAAUCUCAAAGAAAUACUUUGGCUACAAACAGAGACUGUUGGUCCUAAGCAUCCUGGAGAAGAAACAUGCGACCUGCUUCAUUAUUUAAUAACUAAGUGAACUAUAAACAAUAUUUUCUAAUAUAUUUAACUUAAUUGCAUGUUUAUUGUUCGCAUCACCACACCUACACAUUCCACUCAGAUAUCAACAAGCUGCAGCUAAUGAGAUGCACACAGUUCUGUUCCAUUCAUAAGCUAAUAUACUGUGUAUAUAUAAAUGUAUAUAUGUGUGUGUGUGUGUGUGUGUGUGUGAGUGUGUGUGUGUGUGUGUGUGUGUGUGUGUGUGUGUGAGUGUGUGUGUGAGUGUGUGAGAGAGAGAGAGAGAGAAAUGAUGUUGCAGUUGUAAAUUAACAUAGAAAAGAGAUAAAGAAACAUUUCACCUUUUCAACAAAAUCCCAAUCUCCAUUUUAACAUUAAAGCUGUUAAAUGUUCUAACAUCUGGAUCUGAUGAUAUUGUGUGAUGCAGUAAGUCUUUGUUUUCAUGUGGUUUGUUUUCUCUGUUUCACACUUUGGAAACUUCACUGAAUGUUCAGUAAUUUAAAAAUUUACUAAUUUUAUAUGUUUUAAAUAAAAUGUCAAACUAAAGACACAUGAGACUCCGUGCACAGGGCCAGAAACCUGAAAAAGUCUUACAUUAAAAAUAAACUAAAUAAUACAUAA